GAGAGUAGGGUAGGUCAUGCCUUCGCCAUCCUAGGAAUACAAAUUUGGCGGAUCCAAAAUGGCGGCAGUUGCAGGGGCCCAGCAGUAAAACCGAGCAGCGAGUGAAUGAAGUCAGCUGAUCUCUGUCUGCUGUCACGCACCGCAGCACCCAUCGUUUCUCUCUCGAGGCAAGCCAGUAAACCACCACUUCACAACCAGACGUCAGACUAAUAACCGGUGAAGAUGGACAUGUCUAAGCUGCCCAAGCUCAGGGAUGAGGAGAGGGAGAGCGAGUUUGGAUUCGUUCAUGGAGUCUCUGGACCAGUGGUGACAGCUACGGCCAUGGCAGGAGCAGCUAUGUAUGAGCUGGUUCGUGUCGGCCACAGUGAGCUGGUGGGAGAGAUUAUCAGGCUAGAGGGAGACAUGGCCACCAUCCAGGUCUACGAGGAGACAUCCGGCGUGUCUGUUGGAGAUCCUGUGCUGCGGACAGGAAAACCUCUCUCUGUGGAGUUGGGUCCAGGAAUCAUGGGGUCCAUCUUUGAUGGUAUCCAGCGACCACUAAAGGACAUCAAUGACAUCACACAAAGCAUCUACAUCCCCAGAGGUGUGAACAUUGGAGCCCUCAACCGAGACCUCAAGUGGGAGUUUUCUCCCGGCAAGAGCCUGCGGGUUGGCAGUCACAUCACAGGAGGAGACAUCUAUGGCAUGGUGUACGAGAACUCCCUCAUCAAGCACAAGAUCAUGCUGCCUCCCAGAAACAGAGGCACUGUGACCUACGUGGCUCCACCUGGAAACUACGACGUCUCAGACGUGGUGAUGGAGCUGGAGUUUGAGGGGGUGAAGGAGAAGUUCACCAUGGUGCAGGUGUGGCCUGUCCGACAAGUGCGACCCGUCACAGAGAAGCUGCAGGCCAAUCACCCGCUGCUGACAGGACAGAGAGUGCUGGACGCCCUUUUCCCAUGUGUACAGGGAGGAACCACUGCCAUCCCAGGAGCCUUUGGCUGUGGAAAGACUGUCAUCUCUCAGUCCCUGUCCAAGUACUCCAACAGUGAUGUCAUUGUCUACGUAGGCUGCGGGGAGCGUGGUAACGAGAUGUCAGAAGUACUGCGAGACUUCCCCGAGCUGACCAUGGAGGUGGACGGCAAGACGGAGAGCAUCAUGAAGAGAACAGCUCUGGUGGCCAACACCUCCAACAUGCCUGUAGCUGCCAGAGAAGCCUCUAUUUACACAGGAAUCACGCUGUCUGAGUACUUCAGAGACAUGGGAUACAACGUGAGCAUGAUGGCCGACUCAACCUCCCGUUGGGCCGAGGCUCUCAGGGAGAUUUCUGGCCGUCUGGCGGAGAUGCCUGCUGACAGUGGUUAUCCUGCCUACCUGGGCGCCCGUCUCGCCUCCUUCUAUGAGCGUGCUGGAAGGGUGAAGUGUCUGGGCAACCCCGAGAGGGAGGGCAGCGUCAGUAUCGUAGGAGCUGUAUCGCCUCCUGGUGGUGACUUCUCUGACCCUGUCACUUCAGCCACCCUUGGUAUUGUACAGGUGUUCUGGGGUCUAGAUAAGAAGCUGGCUCAGAGGAAGCACUUUCCUUCAGUGAACUGGCUGAUCAGCUACAGCAAAUACACUCGUGCUCUGGAUGAGUAUUACGACAAGCACUUCCCCGAGUUUGUGCCCCUCCGUACCAAGGCCAAGGAGAUCCUGCAGGAGGAGGAGGACCUGGCUGAGAUUGUGCAGCUCGUUGGAAAGGCAUCACUGGCAGAAACGGAUAAAAUCACCCUGGAGGUGGCCAAACUGAUCAAAGACGACUUCCUGCAGCAGAACGGUUACACGCCUUAUGACAGGUUCUGUCCCUUCUAUAAGACAGUGGGCAUCCUCUCCAACAUGAUCUCUUUCUACGACAUGGCAAGGCACGCAGUGGAGACCACAGCUCAGAGCGACAACAAGAUCACUUGGUCCAUGAUCAAGGAGCACAUGGGAGAAAUCCUUUACAGGAUCAGCUCAAUGAAAUUCAAGGACCCGGUGAAGGAAGGCGAGGCUAAGAUUAAGGCUGAAUACGCUCAGCUGGUGGAGGACAUGCAGAACGCCUUCCGUACAUUGGAAGAAUAGGCUCCCACCUCUCACAUUUGCAGUUUUCAUCUGACCCCUCCACUGCAGAAUCACAUUCCACCUCCUUGUAUCCCCAGAACCCGCGUGCUCCCCUGUGCUCCUUUUGUGAGUGAUUGUGUGAGUGUGUGUGUUUGCGCAAUUUCAUGUGGAGGGAAAAGAGAAAGAUGUACUGUAUUCAUUUAUUUGUUGCCUCCAUAUCGCCGACUCUGGAUCCUCUGCAUGGUCGUUGAACGUUGGUGUGUGUGUGUGUGUGUGUGUGUGUGUGUGUGUGUGUGUGUGUGUGUGUGUGGAUUUAAUGUGUGUACGAAAGAGGGAUCUCUUCCACCCCAUUUCUUCCUUUCUGUUUACAUGAUUUCUUUGUGUAUCUGUGUUGCUCUUCCUGAAGAAGAUUGUUCGGUUGAUGUAUUGUAAUCGAUAGACCAUCUGUACAGAAGAGUAUUGAAUAUAAAUUGAAUAAGAUCAGCCUAUUUAUUGCCAGCAUUUUGAUGUGAAGGCUUUGUCGUUCUUUUCUUUUUGUUUUUAUGGUUGUGUUUCCCGUUGUGCAGUGUCGUGUACUUUGCUGUGUGAAUGUGUAAAGAGUCGACGCUCUGCUGUCGAAUACGUUCAUCAUGUUACUCCCAAAGAAUUAAAACAUGGGGGAAAAGAACAA